UUAAUGGCGGAUGGUACCUUCACGUCUUAUCUCAUAGUUAGAUAUUUAGUUAUUUCUGUGAUUCUAUUAUAAUAUAUUAUGUCUAUGCACGGUCUAGUUGUAGUGAACAGUGACUACAAGUUAAUAAAUUGUAUAAUAUUAUCCAGAUAGUUAGUUUAUUCACAGAUUAUUAUAGUUUAAUAUUAUGUUCACCAAUUCUGUGGUUAAGUCGUUUAGUGUUAACUAUCUUAAAUCUCGACUACUGGCUAUAAUAUGAAAAAUAGUUUAAAGUACUUAAAUAGUAAAGUAUAGCAUCGGGCAGUCCGUGUUCUGUCGACUUCUGUGAUAUCAUAGUCAUAACUACUAACAUUUAAUAUUAUACAUUUCUACAGUAAUUGAGUGAUAGUGUUUGAGUAAUUCAAAUUCAAAGUUUUAACUCAACUCCUGAAAUGUUAUAAGUAAUAAAAUUGUUUGCUUGUGCAUAAGUCAAUUAUAAAUAUGUCUUCAGCAACAAAACGUCAAAAUAUUUUACAGUUGAUAAGGAAUCGAGAAUUAAACGAUCACAUCCGCACAAAGUAUGCAUUAAAAAGUAACUUGAAUUACAAAUGUAUUUCGAAACUUGGAUUACUCACUCAAUUAGAAGGACAUCAAGGAUGUGUUAAUUGCCUACAAUGGAAUGAAAGUGGAAGCAUCUUAGCAUCAGCAUCUGAUGACUUUCAAGUAAUAUUAUGGGAUCCAUUUUUACAAAAAGUUAAAACUUCUAUUAAAACUCUACACCGCGGCAACAUAUUUUCUGUUAAGUUUAUACCUAGUUGUAAUGAUGAUAUAGUUGCGACUGGAGCUGGUGAUUGGAGUUCACAUACAUAUAAUGUUACAACAGGUAGACAAUUAAGAAGUUGCGUUUGUUCUCAAGGACGAAUCAAACGUUUAGCUGUAGCAAACGAUGCACCUAGUGUUUAUUGGUGUGCUUCAGAAGAUGGAUGCAUUAGUCAACAUGAUACGAGAAUGAGCCAUGAAUGUCCUACCGACAAAUCUAAAAAUACUUUGGUGACCGUAUUUAGUAAUUCGGGAAAAAGGAUUGAAGCUAAAUGCUUAGAUAUAAACCAACUUAGAACUGAGCAGCUUGCAGUUGGUGCUAAUGACCAAUAUGUGAGAUUGUAUGACCGCAGAAUGAUUCAAUCGCUGUCAUCAUUAGAUGUAAAAUGUCCUUCAUUCGUCUCGGAGUAUGAAGCCAAUAGUGCAAAUAAAGUCAACAAUGCACUCCAAUAUUUUGUACCGGGUCACAUCCAUUCUAAUGAUAAUGAAACAAUUAACAAAAGACAAAAAAAUUAUGUAAUUACUUAUUUGACUUUUAGUCCUGAUGGACAAGAGUUGUUAGCUAAUUAUGGUGGUGAAUAUGUAUAUUUAUAUAACUUGGUGAAUCGAGCUGAUAAUGCAUUUUUCAACAUUUCCAAAGUUAUGAAAGUUCCUCGAGAAAAUGGGGAGGGUUCUUCUACAGAUUUGAUAGAUGAUCACGUUCCUGUUCCUCAUUUGACACUACCAGAUAAAGUAGUACAAUUAAAAUUAAAGGCAAAUUAUUUAUUUGAAAAAGAAGAUUAUACUGCUGCUAUUAUCCUUUAUAAUGAAGCUAUAAAUAUUCAUAAAUGCAGUGUACUGUUUUCAAAUAGAGCUGCAGCCUAUAUUAAAAGAAAGUGGCAUGGAGACUUUUACGCAGCUCUCAAAGAUUGUGUGACUGCAUUAAAAUUGGAGCCUAACCAUAUGAAAGCACAUUUUCGUUUGGCAGUAUGCCUGUUCGAACUGGACAAGUUUAAAGAUUCUAAAAUGUAUUUAGAUCAGUUCACAAUGAAAUACCCAUCAUAUAAAACUAGUGCCGCAUACAAAAGUCUAUAUAGUGAUUUAUUAAAUGCACAAUCUAAUAAUAAAGAUAAAUCUGAUGGAAAAAAAUUGCGUGAGACGUCGGAUACAUCAAAUUUUCUAGAUGCGUUACAAAUUCAGCGAGCCCCGAAGAUAGCUUUUGAGAAAUAUUUUUGUAAUCAGGCAAAAGAUUACCAUCGUAGAUAUUAUGGUCAUUGUAAUACAUCUACUGACAUUAAAGAAGCUAACUUUUUUGGAAGUCAAAAUCAAUUCAUAGUUGCCGGUUCAGAUGAUGGUUUAUUUUUUAUUUGGGAAAAAAAUACAGAGAAUAAUUUGCUCAUACUGAAAGGGGAUACUUCAAUCGUAAAUUGUAUACAACCACAUCCUUCAGAGUUUUUAUUGGCAACUAGUGGUAUUGAUAAUGAAGUUAAAUUAUGGACUCCAUUGCCAGAUGAUGUGGAUAAUACAUCUAUAAUAAAUAGUUAUAGCACAACAGCUAUGUUAAAUCAAAGACGUAUGAUGGCUGAUCCAUUUGAAGUAAUAUUGCGUAAUAUGAGGAGAACUGCAGAAGAAGGACCUGACAGUGUUGACUUUGACACUAUACGUGAUCAAUAUGGAAUUGAUCCAUUAUCUGAAGAGUUUAAUGAUUGUCAAAUGAGUUGAUAGAAACAUAAUUUUUGUAAUUUUUUUUUAUUAAUAUUAUAUAUAAAUAAAUAUUUUUUAAUUGUAUAAUUUUUUUUUUAUGUUUUUUAAUUUUAUGCUAUAUUUUUAUCAACAAGGAUUGUUUGUUUUGCAAUGUCCAACUUUAAUUCAAUUUCAUUUACUUCUGUUAAACUCAUAUCACCAAUCUGAAAUAAAAUAUGCAUAAUAAAUUAUGUUUAGGUAUACAUAAAAUAAAAUAGUAUAGUUUUAAAUAUAUACAAUUUUAUAAGAAGCCAUGUGGCAAUCACUAAUAACCCCUUCCUCGGGUUACUUUUCAAAAGAUUAUGUCUAUAUAUUUGUAUACAAAUACAAAAUAUUAUAUUGUUAUCAAGUAUGAUUUUCCAGUCUUUAUAUAAUAUUUUAAUAAAUAUUACUUUUGAAUAAUUAUAAGGUUUAGACUAUAAAUAUUAUUUUGUUGAUUUUUUAAUAUAUGAAUUUUGAUAAAGAAAACACCACAUUAAUAUUUAUGAUCUUAAUAUUUUGAAUGAAAACUUGUUAAAAUUGCAUGCUGAAUCAUUAAUUUACUUACUUAAUUAAUGGUUCCAUUAUUUUCCAUUAUUUAAUUUUUGAAAAAAAUCAAAUCAAUGAGAAAAUGUAUUUAUUUAAUAUAAGAUAAUUUGUGAUUGUUUACUGCAUUAAAUCAUACAGAGAAAAGAUUUUACUUAAA